ACUGACAGUCGCUGCUCUCGUUUGGCGCAAAUAACAAGGUGAAAAUCUGUAAAGUUGCAAAGCUGCGCCUACAAAAAUCAACGACGUGCGAUGACAGCUCUACACAGACAACAACAACCCACACAAGAGGGCGUUUCUACGUGAGUCAAAUGUCGUGGGACAGUGGAUCUAGUUAGUCGUGUAUUCCCGAUCCAUCCAGGUAUAUGGUUGUUCGUCGUUUCCCGUGAACGCGCCGGUAGCUGAUGUCAUUGAAACAGGUGCGCGAAACCCAAGUUAACAACAGUCGCCCUAGAUCGCGAGGGAUUACACACGGAUGUGAGUGUUUUUCUACGGCGUUUCUUACCAAACGAGGCUGUAUUCCUUUUUAUGUGCCUGGAUAAAGGCUGUACAGUGCCUCGGGUGAUAGUUUAUUGCUAUUUCCGUGUCCUUUUCUCCUAGAAAGCGCUUGUUUGGAUCGUGAAGACGACGUUUGGCGACACUUCUUGGUGAGCAGUGAGGUCUAGCAUAGAUUUUAAGGCAGCGAAGAGCCCUUUUCCGUCGUGUCUCAAUCCAGAUUAAUUUACGUGAAUGUUGACUGAACCAUACAGGGAAUAUGCUUUAAGAACCGAGCGAUGCCAACUCUGAAGUUUUGAAAGCUUUUCUAAUCUUUUUCACCAAGACAUGGGAAUGAAGCCGCUGUGCUUUACUGCGCUUUGAACGCUUUUGCAUAAGGAAAUAACCUGUUUCAAGAGACUCGUUUACGAAAGGGAUUAAUCAUGUCCAAGACGCUGAAAAAGAAGAAACAUUGGUCCGGUAAAGUGCAGGAAUGUGCCGUUUCGUGGGGUAACGCCGGGGAGCUCAGCGCCGUGCUGGAGAUACUCGGGGGAGCCGAGCACGGAGAGUUCCCGUACCUCGGACAGGUGUUGUCGGACGCGUUAGUGUGCCAUGUCGGCAGACUACCUGGUACCGGAGAUGUGCUUCUGGAGGUGAACGGCACGCCUGUCAGCGGACUGACAAACCGAGACACCCUCGCUGUCAUCCGCCACUUUCGCGAACCCAUCCGUCUGAAGACUGUAAAGCCAGGUAAAGUGUUGAACACAGAUCUGCGUCACUACCUCAGCCUGCAGUUCCAAAAAGGCUCUUCGGACCACAAGCUCCAGCAGGUGAUCAGAGACAACCUGUACCUGCGCACUAUUCCCUGUACCACGAGGCAGCCUCGCGAAGGGGAGGUUCCAGGUGUGGACUAUAACUUCAUCAGCGUGGGGGAGUUUCGUGUGCUGGAGGAGAGCGGGCUGCUACUGGAGAGCGGAACCUAUGAUGGUAAUUAUUAUGGCACCCCAAAACCCCCUGCAGAGCCCAGCCCAGUGCAGCCUGACCUGGUAGACCAGGUUCUGUUCGACGAGGAGUUUGACACGGAGGUUCAACGCAAACGCACCACGUCGGUCAGCAAAAUGGAUAGAAAGGACAGCGCAGCUCCUGAGGAAGAGGAGGAGGACGAGAGACCACCCAUUGUCAAUGGGCUCACUGAACACAAGGAGGGACCUGAGUGGAGGAAGGCUGUGCCCAGCUACACACAGUCAAGCAGUAGCAUGGACUUCCGCAACUGGAGCACGCUGCCACGUGACGAGGGCCAGGACCCUCUGCCCAAGAGCUGGGAGAUGGCCUAUACGGAGACAGGCAUGGUCUACUUUAUAGAUCAUAAUACCAAGACCACGACCUGGCUCGACCCACGACUGGCAAAGAAAGCUAAGCCUCCCGAAAAAUGCGAAGAUGGAGAGCUUCCAUAUGGCUGGGAGAAGAUUGAGGACCCGCAGUAUGGAAUUUAUUACGUGGACCACAUCAGUCAGAAGACUCAGUUUGAGAAUCCGGUGCAGGAAGCCAAGAAGAAAAUCAGCCAGGAUUCGUCUCCAACCAGUCAGCCAAUAGCAACGACCGCAGGAGCAGUACCAACACCCUUAAAUGAAGCUGGUUUGAGGGGAUUCACGCGGGACCCAUCUCAGUUGAAGGGUGCUAUCCUGCGCACAGCUCUGAAGAAGAGUCCUCAGGGCUUCGGUUUCACCAUCAUCGGUGGAGACCGACCAGAUGAAUUCCUUCAAGUGAAAAACGUCCUGAGAGAUGGACCCGCCGCACACGAUAACAAAAUCGCUUCGGGUGAUGUUAUAGUUGACAUAAACGGUGCAUGUGUGCUAGGAAAGACCCAUGCAGAUGUGGUGCAGAUGUUCCAGUCCAUUCCUGUGAAUCAGUAUGUGGAUAUGGUCUUGUGCCGUGGAUACCCACUCCCAGAGGACACCAAUUCUAGCGAAGAGGGCACAGGCGACAUAAUGACUGCCAUGCCAGGGAUGGACGGGCAGCCCAUCCAUUCAGAAGGCACCCCCUCCCUGCAGGACCUCCAUUACAUGAGCACCGAUAGCAGACACCCAGCUGCAGCAAUGCCCAAUGGACGCCACCCAGAGGCGGGGGAGAGCACCCUGCUGCAGCCCGAGCUGGUCAGCGUGCCGUUGGUAAAGGGGCCGAGUGGAUUCGGCUUUGCCAUCGCAGACUGUCCGCUGGGCCAGAAGGUGAAGAUGAUUCUGGACGCUCAGUGGUGCCGUGGUCUGCUGAAGGGGGAUGUGAUUAAGGACAUUAACAGGCAGAAUGUGCAGACCCUGUCCCACUCACAGGUGGUGGACAUCCUCAAAGACCUGCCCGUGGGCAGCGAGGUCAACGUGCUGGUGCUCAGAGGAGGUCAGACAUCUCCCGUGAAGUCUCUGAAACCUAUCACCUCAGCCAUUCCCAUUACCCAGAAGCAGGACAUUUCCACCAGCUCCGUCAGUACUGAAACUCCCAGUCCGGCUGAGCCUGCGCCCCAGUCCCUCCCAUUCCCUCCACAUGCCAUCCGCUCUAGCUCCCCAAAACUGGACCCAUCUGAGCUCUACCUCAAGUCUAAAGCCAUGCUGGACAGCAAACCAUCCAACACUAAAGAGCUGGACGUGUUUAUCAAGAGGAACCAGGAGACUGGAUUUGGGUUCAGAGUGCUGGGUGGAGAAGGACCAGAUCAGCCAGUGUACAUUGGUGCCAUCGUUCCUCUGGGUGCCGCAGAGAAGGAUGGGCGUCUGCGGGCUGGAGAUGAGCUCAUCUGUAUUGACGGUGUUCCUGUCAAAGGCAAAUCUCACAAACAAGUUCUGGAGCUCAUGACCAACGCUGCCCGCAACGGGCAGGUGAUGUUGACCGUGCGUAGAAAGCUCACCCAUCCAGACAGAGAGGAUGAUGAUGGAGGACAACCUCAGGCUCCACAAGCUCCAGCGCUGGUCAACGGCUCCCCCAAACCCCCCCACAUCGAGGUGUCCGGCCACGGUCACCCUCAGCCCUACGAAGUCACUCUUCAGCGCAAGGACAACGAGGGCUUCGGAUUUGUCAUCCUCACCUCUAAAAACAAGCCUCCGCCUGGAGUUAUCCCUCAUAAGAUUGGCCGCAUCAUAGACGGCAGUCCCACAGACCGCUGCGGUCGGCUAAAAGUGGGCGAUCGCAUCUCUGCUGUGAAUGGCCAGUCCAUUGUUGAGCUGUCACACAAUGACAUUGUGCAGCUCAUCAAAGAAGCUGGAAACACUGUUGCCCUCACCGUCGUGCCUGAGGAGGAACACAGCGGACCUCCGUCGGGCACCAGUUCAGCCAAGCAGAGCCCAGCGUCUCAGCACAGAGCCGUGGGACAGCAGCCUGCCAACCGAGAUGACAGGAAUGGCAUCGAGAUGGAGGAGAGGAAAGACACCAUGGCCCGAGCGGAGUACAAAUCCUUGCCUCAGGGUGAGAUGGGUGCUGUCAUCACCUCAGGACCAAAGCAGGGCUGUUAUCCCGUGGAGUUAGAGAGAGGACAGAGAGGUUUUGGCUUUAGUCUGCGAGGAGGGAAGGAAUAUAACAUGGGCCUCUUCAUCCUCAGACUAGCUGAGGACGGUCCUGCACUGAAAGAUGGCAGGAUACAUGUGGGAGAUCAGAUCGUGGAGAUCAACGGUGAACCCACGCAGGGCAUUACACACACACGUGCUAUUGAGCUCAUUCAGGCCGGGGGGAAUAAAGUGCUGCUGCUUUUGAGGCCCGGACUGGGCCUGGUGCCUGAUCAUAACAUUAAGGAUAUGAUGACAGGUCCAUCUGCAAACUCUCCAAGAUAUUCUGCAUCCAGUGAGCCAUUGACACCAGCAUCUCCAUCCUUCAGCUCUCGCUCCCCUGAGGUCAAUCCCUCUCCGCCCGAGGACCUGCUCCUCCUCGACCCGAUGGCCACUUCUCACGGGCAACUUUACCAACAUUACAGAGACGCCAAACAGCAAACUAGAAAGAGUGACUCAAGCAUGCCUCAUGACAACAAUGACAAUUCUACAAUUCCCCGAAGAAUGGAUGGAAAAGAGCGCUCACGCAGCCCAAAAAAGACUCUACACAUGGACAACAGGAACGAACCUAGUGAACGGGAACCUCGAUCCACUAGCCCCAGGAAGACCAAGAAGGAGAGCGUUGGGAUCAGACAGGAAGUGCCUCAAAAGGCCACUGAUGGAUUGAAGCCUACCUCUGGAAGGAGACACAAAGACGAAGACACUAUGCACAAGCAGGACAGGGAAACAGGAGAGACCAGACCUGGUGUCUCAAGAGGUGGCGGUGACAAACACCAGAGGGACAAGACAGCAGAACCUCAGCGGGCUCCCGUGCAGGCUCAGAAAGAGCCCGAGAGCGGAACCCUCAACCGAAAGGACCACAGAGGGCGAGACAGGCCUCGAGGGGAAGAGGAAGACAGGGGUGCCCCUCUAGAGACUCUGCACGAUGGGAACCUUACCACCAAGAAAGCCCCUAUAACCCCAGGCCCCUGGAAGGUCCCCAGCUCCGCAAGGAUACAGCCUCCAGUGCAUGGAGUUUAAUACGUUCGGGAGCAGUUAUCGAUGGGAAUCACUGUGUAUUUUUUUUUUCUAUGACUAUCACCAUCUUCACUGAUAACGUGCAGCGUUCGCUUGUGUCCACCAGUAAUAAGAGCGUCAAUUUUUAUGUGCCAAGCUAGACUCGUCCAUGUCUCCUUGCUCCUGUGAUGAUAACAUGAAGGAUGCUUUUCUGUGAAGGUUUAAAAAAGAAGUGUCUAUUGUUAUGUAUUAAUUCUCCAUCUUUGAUUUGCCGCAUGUCCUUACAACGACUUCCAAUGAUGCAAGUGUCCUCAAGAUCCAAGUGACUGUGCAGGCUUUGCAUUAAUCAGCUUUCGCUGUGAAUUUUUGACAUAUCCAUCUUUAAAAGACCAGAAACUUGUGGUGAAGUAUAUUGUUUACUGCCUGUGUGAUUAUGAAGAUGCAUAUGUAAUUUAUUGAAAUUAAUAUGAUGAUAUUCAGUACACAUAUACAUGGAUAGAGGUAUAGGUAUUUGUAUUCAUUCUGAGCCAGGUCACUUAUUAGUGUUCCAGCUUGCCUCCUAACAAACAUAUUUUUUCACAGUGCUAUAGCUUUUACAAUUUAUCGCGGUUGAGCAUUUGCAAGGUGUGUACAUUUAGAAGCAAAUGUUUGCUCGUAUCAUUAGAAGGUGAAGCAGAAUGGAAAUUCAGAUAUAUUUUUGCAUACUAUCCAAUCUAACAUAUAUUUUUUUCUUAUACUUUUUGCACAUUUCACUCGAUCAAAUGAUUUGUAUUGCAUUGUUAUCCCAACAUUGGGACUUCAUAUUCAUUUAAAGUGUCUUUGCGUAUCUGUAUCUUUCAGAUCGUCCUUUUUAAUGUCAAGAUGCUGUCUUCUAUCCAAGGGAAAUGUAGCGCAGAAUUAUGUAUCAAACAUGGUGGAUGUUAUUCAAGUUCUUAAAGCCUCAAACAAUUGGCACAAAGAUUCAGACUCAAGAAUGUUGUCCGAUAUCUUUUAUCGUAACAGUAUUUUUGAAAUACCAAUUGCGAUUGUUAUAUGGGACAACAGUCAAACAUUACAUAUGCUAGUGACUGAGUGCUUCUAUUUUUUGUCAUGAUGAAAAAUGUGAAUACUUUCUAGAUAUGGUUUAUGAUUGCUUCUUGAUCAUUAAUCUCAACCCGUUUGUAGCUUGUUUCUCUAGUGCAUCUCAUGUCAUGAGGUUGUAUGUAUGAUACUGUGGCCUUGCAUUGAUUUACCUUACUCAAAAAAAGGCUUGUGGUCUCUACAUUGUGGUAGUUGUAAAUGUUUAUAAAAAUACAAUGUACAGCACCUGUAUAAAACUCGCCUUCGUGAGGGGAAAACAAGGGGAAAAAAUCUAUAAAUCGCUCCAUUAUUUUUUUAAGUAAUUGAGAGUAUGAGCAUAUAAAUAGAGAGAGAGGUUAAAGAAAAUAAUCUGGUCAUGGCCUUCUGUUCAUGCACUGAUGAAUAAAGAUUUAAUGAAAACGUU